UGCAUACCCAGGCAAUUUUUAAAUCAGUGAUGCAAGUAUGCUACAUCUCUCUGGAUUUAUGGAGAGGCAUACCUGCCAUAUUCCAAGUACAGUGCUUUGUCACUUUGUCCCUAAAAGGUUUAUAAUUCAAGAAGUGGGGGAAGGGAGGUGGUUCCACUGCCAGGUUAUGAGGAAACACUUCACUCCUCCCCCGCUCCAAAGAACCACUAUUGGCUAAUGCUGACAUUAAGUAAACAGUCUGUGGAACAGGAGCUCCCCUGCCUUGGAUAGCAUGUACACCACACUGUGCAUCCUAAUGAGAUCAUUAGCAUGGAGUUUGCAUUCGUACCCAUAACCACUAAGAAGCUCUUUCCUAUUUUCUCUCAUGCCACACGAGGCAAAACCAACUGCCAGCAGGUUCUGACUUGCUUCAGACCACAUGCAGCCAUUUUUUCACUCAGUCUUGCAUUAUUAUGUAUUGAACAUAUCUUUACUAAUGUAUAUUAGUUUUAUAGUUUUUCUAAAGCAUAGUUGCUGCUGUGUUAACUCUGUAUCUGCAGAAUUCUCGUUGAAUGCUUGGGAAUAUACUGUAUUAUACUGCAUCAUUCAUUCACAGGGGAAGGCAAGAGCAGCUCAUGGGAUACAGGAAACGUGGACCAAAGCCAAAACAUAUUGUUUCUAUGCCAUCAUUUGCUCGCCGCUCCAAUGCCUUGAGUGGACUUCAUGAUUCCUCUGGUGAAAACCAAACCAAGUUGGACCUAGGGCAUAUUCCCAAAAGUCAUCAAUAUCAGCUAAACAGUAAAAAACACCACCAGUACCAGCCCAGUAGCAAGGACCACAGUGAAAAACAUCAUUCCAGUAACAAGAAGAAAUACUAUUAUCAGCUCAACAGCAAGAAACAUCAUCACUACCAACCCGAUCCUAAGCUGUAUGAACAGUAUGCCUUGGGAAAAGAGUUUCAAAUCCGUACUGAUGCCAGAAACAGGCCUAGAGAUUCCUGGACACACUCAGAAGCUGCAGAUGUGGGGACUCAAAUGAAGAAUUGUACAGAUCCAGUUCUAAAUGGGCCGGAAAGAAAUGGCCUCUCUAACAGAGUAUCCAGUAGUCCUUCAAAGGAACUGCCAAGCAAUGGUAUUGGAGGGAAGAUGAAAAUUGUGAAAAAUAAAAAUAAGAAUGGAAGAAUUGUGAUAGUUAUGAGCAAAUAUAUGGAAAAUGGUAUACAAUCCGUAAAAAUAAAGUCUUCAGAGGAGGACUGUGACAUGAGAGAUGUGAGGAGAAAGUUAGAGUCCUCUGGUGCCCUCAAUGGGGACAAAGCGUGCAAAGCCCAGGAAGGAAAAAUAGAGCAUUGGAAGAAGCGAGCGGAAUCCAGGGUAAAGAUCCAUGAAGGCAAUGGAAGUGUGGACAAAGGGUCAGUACAGCUUACAGGCCUCAGGAGGACUUAUUCUACCACCAGUGAAUUUUUACAUGAUCAACCCAUGCAGCUCACCACAAAGAGUAACUAUGUUCCUUUAUCAAAUAGGACCAGAUCUCCUGUUUAUGCGGGGGAGCCCUACAAUGAUAUGGUUUAUACUAAUCCAAGAAAACGUUGUUUGUCUGAAGCUAAUGGGGACAAGGAGCUUUGUAAGAAGGCUUUUACAUCUCAGAGUGUGAGUGCUCCCAGCACACUGGAAUGCAAGGGAGGUCUGACCCCGUUAAAUGUACCUUUACAGGAACCGGAUAUCAUUCUCAUAGACUCCGACUUGGACGAACCCAUAGACCUGCGCUGUGUGAAGUCUCGGUGUGACAGUGACCAAGAGGUAGACAAACCUGAGGUCCAAGUUACUCAGAAUUCUCAGUCAGUUGAUGUGGAUGUUUGUGAGUCUGAAUUUAAACCUUUCUUUGGGAAUAUUGUAAUUACAGAUGUCACAGCCAAUUGCCUUACUGUAACUUUUAAGGAAUAUAUAACAGUGUGAUUCCUAUAUGCUGGGAAACACUGUUUUCUUCUGAACUGCAAAUUUUAAACUGCAUAUUUUUUGACUCUUUCCAGCCCUAUUAACAUGAUUUUUAAUCUUCCCUAUGGACAUGUAUAGUUGCUAGAAGUGCCUAACUGUGGCUGGAUAAUAACUUAUGUGCCAUCCAAGGAUCACCAUGACAAAGCACUUACAUCUAAAUCUGUUUUGAGUGAAAAUUAGGUUAAUAAUUAUGUUUAUUUAUUUUAUAUUUAUACUUGGAAAUUAUCAGCUUUUCAAUUGUUUUGUCUGGGAGACUGGUGUUAGCAGUCCAUGUUUCAGUGUUCCACCUUCUUAUACACAUGAAGAGGGUAGACUUUAUACCUUGUGGUUUUUUUUUAAAUUUAUUUAUAUUUUGUUUGCAAAAAAUGACAGCGCUCUUUCUAGUAUAUGCUGCUAUUAGAAUUGUAAAUGCUUCCUGUAGCUGUUUGGAUGUAAAAAUGUAAUGGAGAAUUGUUAUGUGAGCAGCAUAAGGCUGUAUAAUGUCUGGAUAUAUCCAGGUUCUGGUACAAAUCCUCCAUGUGUAAAAUAUUGUAUUGUGUAAUUAUAAUACAGGGUUAUAAAAAGGACAGUGUUUCCAAGUCUUGCUUUAGUAUGUAUUUGUGCUAUUCAUUUGCAGACUUACACGGUCCACAGGCAUGGUCACUAAUUGUUCCUUUAGUAGUGCUUAUAUUGGACUUGUCACCCUAAGAAAUAAUUCCAGAACCUUUUCCAUCAUAUUAGUCAAGCAAAAUAAACUUGUAAUACUUACACAAUAUACAUUUUUAAAAAUCUUAUUUCCUUCAAUCUUGAAAUUAGCAAUCAAGCAACUAGGUGCCAUUUUGUGGACACAACUUUUAAGACAAGGUUUGUAUCAUCCCAAAAUCUUGUGUAUGUGCUAGAAUGCCCAAGCCCAUGCACAGGCUAAACAAUGAUAGAGAGUGUGUAGCGAGGGUGGAUUGUGAGGAACGUAGUGACAUCUAGGAAGUGCAGAAUGGAAAGUAAAAAGUGUUUGCUUUGUCUGAGGCAUGGAAGACAAUAUACAGGUAUAUUUAAUUAUUGUUACUUUUACAUAUUCAAAAUAAAUUUAGAUUUCAUGUUUUAAAACA